UGUCUCCGCACGCCGACACGGCUAUCUUUUCUCAGGUGGACGAGAGACAAGCAAGCAGGGCAUCCAUUUAAAUACAUGGCACGGACACAAGACACAAGGCACACAACGAAUCAGAAGGCGCACACUAAAUGCUACCUACAGGCCGUAUAUCCGUAUGAACAUCUGCAGGCUACGUUUCCCUCCAUGAUCGAUGCCAUCCACUGAAGGCACGCAGCCACUAAGCAUGCACCAAUCCCAGGCAUGCACUCACUGACAGGUCGACAACGGAAAAGGUCGAGUCAGAAAAGCACAACCUCUACGUGUGUACCAUCCCCUACUACCCGGUUCCUUCUCUCUCCGUAUGUGUGUCUAUGUGACUGUCCAAAGACUUCUCGUCUAGGUCCCUCAAAAACCAUCCAUCCAUCGACGGACCCAGGGUCAUACAAAGAAAGACACAUAUAGAUCCACGCAUCCUUCCAUGUACACUCUGUGCCCGAUCGAGCCAUCGUGUCAACGACACGACGCCUGUACGAACAAAGCAACGGCUGGUGUGUACUCAAGACGAUCGUGUCAUGAGUCCUGCCGCGCCAAAACCCGCAUCUCAAAAGGGUCGAUCACAUAUCGGCAGCAGUAGCUGUCAACACACCCCAGCCUCUCCGGGCAUCCCACCUCGUCCACCACAGUGUAGUUCCUGCCCUCACUCGGCAACACCUGCCGACAGUCACCCUUUGCCGGCACCUCACACACGUCGCCUCUGCUCUUCGCUCCCUCUUCUUCAUCUCUCAGCAGCUGUCUCUUUCGCCGCCUGUCGCCCCCAGGGCCGCCGAAAGGCGAUGUGCGGCCGACGAUGUUCCUGCCGCCCCGACUGCCCCCGAAGCCUCCGCCUCGGAUGAUGUCGAAUCCAUCUCUGGGCGGCCUGACGCGGCCGCCACCUCCGAUAACCCGCCGUGAGUUGUCGUCUUGGCCUCCAAUGAUGGGCGUGAUGAUGCGACUAUCAUCACCAGGGGCGGGGUUGAAGCCAACUGGAUGAGCGCAGCGAUACACACAGCAUAGUCGGGUUCUGUUGUUGGCUCGUGUCUCUGUCUUGUUGCCACUUACCGCAUCUGAGUCCGGUCACUCCGCCGGUCAGUAUGAAGCGACAACCAUUUGUGCAGCAGUCGGACAUAAACCGGCAUGUGCCGCCCGUGGGGACGCAUCGAGGUGUCGGGGAGACGGGCGGCUUGAUGGGCACCACGAUCGGCACAGGCGGCUUGACGACCGGCAGCGUGUCGUUAACUGGGGAGGUGCCAUUGAUGGGCUCUGUGCCGUUGAUGGGCUGGGUGCCAUUGAUGGGAAGCGUGGCGUUUCCUGGGGAAGUAUCGUUGAUGGGCAGAGUGUCGUUGCCAGGGGCCGUCCCAUUAAUGGGCUGCGUGUCAUUCACAACGAUCGGCAGACUGAUGGUGUCGUCGUCAUCAUCAUCAUCGUCGUCAUCGUCAUCAUCAACUGGCCUGAUAAUGAUCUGCUCCGUCCCCUGCUGCUGCUGCCGCGCUGAUGACAUGGGCACUUCCACCGCUGUCUCCUCUUCUUCUUCUGGGCCGUGGAGACUGCCUGGCUCUUUACAGGGAGGGGAUCGCACGGCUCUGCACAGCACACAAGGCAGGCCAACACAACAUCACCAUGUAUGCUGUCGUCCACCCGUAGCUGACCUACCUGUCACGGUCGGGUCAGGUGGCGGCAGUUCCGUACUCGCCUUCACGCCCCCAUCGUCUCCGUCCUCAGUCCCCAUAGAGCAGGGGGGGUUGUCACAGGGAGGAGGAUCCUCCCCGCCAGUGCCAUCCGGCUCUCUGCACGGGGGGGAGCCACACACGUCGGUGACUGUCGGGUGGAUAAACGUGAUGUUGACAAUGAUGUCGUCAGCAGGCCCGGGGGCUGGUGCUUGUGCUGGAAUAUCGUCGAUGGCUGUGGAGCAUGGCGGCUCAGGACACACCUCCUUGUCCAUAGAGCAAGGGGGAUGCCCGCAGGUGUCGGUGACUUGGGGGUCGCCAACAUCCUGAAUGUCAGCUUCUGUCUGGUCGUCGACAGGCUCUGCACACAAUACACAACACAGACGCAUUCUUGAGGGCCCCGGGACUGCUGCGUCCUCCGUUGCUCACCUGGGCAUAUUGAGCACGUGCUCGCAAUGCAAUUGGCCUCGGGGUGGGUCAGGCAGUAGUUGCUCACGCCUGAUACACACACACGCACACACACACGCACACACACACACACACACAGAGAGAGAGAGAUGACUGACCCUGGGGGCGUCCAUGGCCUUUGUUCUGUGGCUCUCACCAGAGCAGAGUAUGCCCGACUCGCACUCGCACGCCGCAUCCGACUCUGUGCAGGCCGUAUCCCUCUCAGUCUGAGCAUCGGCAACAGCAGCAAACACUGUCAAGGCCAGCAGCAAGUGGGCGCUUGCUGCCAGCCUCAGGCCGAGCUUCAUUUGUGCUGCUCGCGGUCGCGAGACGGUGCAAGAUGAAGCUAUCAAGGCCGGCGG